AAGCUGUCAAAAGUCAAAACCCCAUUCUCUAAACCCCUAAAGAAGGUUAUUUUUUCUCACUUCGUUUCCUCCUCCAAUCUCUACAGCCCAUUUUCCCUUCUUCUUACCGGCGACCCCUGUGGCCGGUGGCCUCCAGACUUGGGAUAGAUUGGAUAAAGAUUCAAUCUUUUUAAGCCGUUACAGACUGUUGUUAGUGUUGCAAAUGCGGAAGCAGUCAUGCAUACGAUACCCAUCCGCUAUCUUCUUAUUACUCAUUGUAGUUUCAGCAUUUGUAGUUUAUGCCCUCCCGAUUCAGUGUGCUUCCAAGAAACCUUCCUUUGUCCCAAAUUCGGAAGUUCAUACCUAAAAAGUGGAGGAGUGUUACAGAAUCAGACCCCCGAAACAGUGUCCAGUCCUUGCUGUGUAGUUCUCGUGAAUCUGUUUCAGGGUCUUGUGAAGCAACUAAUGAGUCUAUGGUGGAUUGCCUACUGACAACCUUGAAGGACUUUGCAAGCCAAGGCCACAUAUGCAAAGCCUUUAGAACUUUUUCACUUAUUCGGACUCAUGUCUCUUCUCAAACCCCUUGUGAUCUUGUUAUACAGUCCUUAUCGUCUCUUUUGUUAUGUUGUACUAACAGUAAGUCACUUCUCGAAGGGAAGCAGCUUCAUGCCUGCAUUAUUAAUUCGGGCAUUGCACAUAGUUGGAAUUUGGUACCAAGGAUACUCACCUUUUACACGACCUUCGAUUUACUUGAUAAUGCUCAUGCAAUUGCUGAAACUUCUAAUAUUUUGCACCCUCUCCCUUGGAAUCUCCUUAUUUCUUCCUAUGUUAGAAGGGGGCAAAAUGAAAAGGCGUUAUCUGCCUAUAGACAGAUGGUAAAUAGAGGUAUAAGACCCGAUGAGUUCACUUAUCCGUCUGUUCUGAAGGCCUGUGGUGAACAAUUAAAUCUUGCUUCUGGCCGGGAUAUUCACAAAUCUAUAGAUGGUAGUUUUCUAGAGGGUAGCUUGUUUGUCCAGAAUGCUUUAGUUUCCAUGUACGCGAAAUGUGGGGAAGUGGAUGUUGCAAAUGAAAUAUUUGAAAGGAUGCCAGUUAAGGAUGCAGUGUCAUGGAAUUCAAUUAUCUCUGGUUAUGCUUCCAAAGGUAUGUGGAGUAAAGCUUUUGAGCUUUUUGAUAGAAUGAGGGCUACUGGUGCUGAAAUGGAUAUUAUUACUUGGAACACCAUAGCUGGAGGUUGCUUGAAGACAGGUAACUUUAUUGGGGCUCUUAAAUUGUUCUCUCAAAUGAGAACUUGUGGAAUUCAGCUAGAACCUGUGGCAACACUUAUUGGUUUGGGUGCAUGUUCUCAUACUGGUUUGUUAAAAAAUGGAAAAGAAAUUCAUGGUUUAGUGAUGCGAAGUCACCUUGACGAUUUCGAUAAUGUAAGAAAUGCUUUAAUCAAUAUGUAUGCCAGAUGCAAGGCGCUUAAGCAGGCGCAUAUUUUAUUUCAGUUGGUUGACUCUAAAACUGUAAUUACCUGGAAUACGAUCAUAUCUGGCUUUGCACAUUGGGACAGGUCUGAGGAAACCUCCUUUCUUUUCCGAGAAAUGCUGCUUUCUGGUGUUGAACCAAAUUAUAUAACUAUAGCAAGCAUUCUCCCCCUUUGUGCUAGGGUGGCAAAUUUACAACAUGGUAAAGAAUUUCACUGCUAUCUUACAAGGCGGGAAGGGUUUGAGGAACAUUUGCUGUUGUGGAAUUCACUUGUGGAUAUGUAUGCAAGAUCCGGAAAGGUAGUAGUAGCCAGAAAGCUAUUUAAUUUGAUGAGCAAGAAAGAUGCAGUUACCUACACUUCGCUGAUAGCUGGAUAUGGUAUUCAAGGUGAAGGAAGAGAAGCAAUUGAACUUUUUAAUGAGAUGACAAGGCACCAUAUAAAACCAGACCAUGUGACCAUGGUUGCUGCUUUGUCAGCAUGUAGUCAUUCAGGCCAUGUGAUGCAGGGUCAGAAGCUAUUCGAACAGAUGCAAAGUACUUAUGAUAUAAGUCCUCGUUUGGAGCACUUUUCUUGCAUGGUUGACCUCUUUGGUAGGGCUGGUCUACUUAAAAAAGCAGAGGAAAUCAUUAUAAAGAUGCCUUAUGAACCAACACCUGAAAUGUGGGCAACUCUCCUUGGAGCAUGUAAGAUUCAUAGGAAUACUGAGAUAGGAGAAUGGGCAGCUGAGAAACUGCUGGAGCUGAGGCCCGAUAAUCCUGGAUAUUAUGUGUUGAUUGCUAAUAUGUAUGCGGAUGCUGGACGUUGGAAUAAACUGGCAAAAGUGAGAACCAUCAUGCGGGAUUUUGGUGUAAGAAAGGCUCCAGGAUGUGCUUGGGUUGAUACGGGUUCUGGCUUUUCUCCCUUUUUGGUUUCAGAUACCUCCAGUGGCCAAACAAAUGAAAUUUACUGUCUUUUGGGAGGACUGAAUAGGCAAAUGAAAGACACCGGUUAUGUGACUACAGAGGAUUCUUCUUCCGAAGAAGAACUUUGUGAAGGACUCCUUCUGUGAAAAGGAAGCGGGACUCAGAUCCAGACCUUUGACUAUUUCCAUAAGAACUUUGCUCCUCUUUCCUGUUGCAAGGUUGCAGGUUUUGGAGAGUAGGGGAACGCUUGAAAGAAUCUAUAUCAGUCUUCAAGAAAUCAGUUGGAAUGCCUGGGUUGCUUUCUCUACAGCAUAUGUUUCAUUUCCACAAGAUAAAUCCCUUGGUGCAGACUCAUUCUAUUCCAAAAAUUACUACCGUUCAUUUUAUUACUGAUGCACUUCCUAAAGAAAACAUAGUUUUAUAUCAAAUCAGAGAACUCUGAAGGUGGGCAUGGCGCACACGUUUACACUUCUCUGGCCAGUUGCUUCGGUUCUCUAAUUUGUUACUUAAACAUACCACAAUUAAUCAGUGCAGGAUGUGGUGAUUAAUCGCAAGAACCUGUGGUAUCUUGAAUUACAGACAUUGUCACCAAAUUGAGUGGAGCUACUUUGUUUUGUGGAUACAGCACUGCUAAAACAUCCGAGAUUACGUGCCCGGUCUCUCUCUCUUGGUUUUUCAAUCUUGAGGUAGUGCACGUAAAUGGCAGUCUUACAACAUAGCUCGCCAUAGAGAUCGUUUCUUACAGUUGAUAAAACACAGAGAUCAUUAUCUGCCUGGUAUGCUGCAGAACUCUGCCUGUCCUCCGAGUCCAUACCAUUUUUGUUACUAUUCUUGCAUUAAAGCCUUCUUCAGAAAUCAAACAAUGAUUUCCCUAUGUUACAGCCAGGUUUACAUGGUGUUCUAACAGAAGCAAUUCAAAGGGGAAGGUAAUACCUUUUUGCUGGUGUAUUUUUUACCUUUUAUUAUGAAGGCAAGCAAGUGAGAUGAAGUUAAGUUGUCACAGCUAUAGAGUCGUAUACCAAAAUACAAGUCUUGCUGAUUGUAAAUUUUAUUCUUGGAUUCCUCACUUCCCAGAAAAAUAGAAGUUAUCGGAGGAUAAGUCACUUUGUAUUGAGGGGGAAAUUGCCCCUUGUAUUCUUAGGACUAUUCCUGUUUUGAUUUGA